CUAAAAUAACCGUUAUAGCAGGUUAUAAAUGGGUUAUAACGACGUUAAUAACGAAAUCAUUUGGUACAACACUAGCAAAUGUGACGUAUGCUACUAGGAGGCUAUGUUUUAUCUGUACCCUCACAUAUUUCUGGCCCACCCACACUUUGUUGAAUUUUGAUAAGAAAAAUAUUGGUUUGUGUUCAUCGUAAGCACGUAUCGUUGCCAUAUUUACUACAGUUAUGGUUGUGCGUCGAAACAAUUCGCGCUGUGAACGUGAUUUCAGUUCUUUCUCUAUCGUAUUGUCAAUGUGAAACGAGUGUUUGCUGUGGUUUCGUCAGCGGGUGUUAACACCAGAAACAGUUACGUGUUUUGCAAUUAAUUCGUCCGCCCACUCGACCGUCGGUAGAAGCGGGUGUACGCGGCGUGCGUGAUGAUAGUGGGUGCUAGAUAGUGCAGUUGAAUUGGAACAGAUUUGGAUAUGUCGCUCCAGAAAAGUGUUAAAAGUGCCGGAGGGGAUCGGAGCGAGCAGGCGGACACCACUUCUAUAUGUUCCUCGGUGACCACCCAGCCUGACAGGCAUGGGUUUUUCGGAGGUGCUCAAUACAGUCCAGAGCCCAAAAGGACCGUGUCUCCGAGCACGAUACUGAAACGGGAGCAGAAAUGGCUGCGCAUGCUCAACAAGUGGGAGGCCUUCAUGAGCAAGAACUACAAGAAAGUGCGGGAGAGAUGCAGAAAAGGUAUACCAGCAUCAGUCCGACCCAGAGCGUGGCUCUACCUCUGCGGCGGUGAACUCCUCAUGAAGAAGCACCCCACAGAAUACGAGGAGCUGCUGGCGGCGCCCGGCGACCCGAAAUGUAUGGACGACAUCAGGAAGGACCUGCACAGACAGUUCCCCUACCAUGAGAUGUUCAUCAGGGAAGAAGGACCGGGGCAACAAGAGCUCUUCUCAGUCCUGAAGGCGUACUCCGUGUUCAACCCGAAGGUCGGCUACUUCCAGGCGCAGGCGCCCGUGGCGGCAUUCCUGCUCAUGCACAUGCCCGCGGUCCAGGCCUUCUGGUGCCUCGUCAGCAUCAGCGACAAAUAUCUCAGUGGUUAUUAUAACCCUGGUUUAGAGGUAUUACAACGAGACGGCGACAUCUUGCACGCGCUCCUUCGCCGCACGGCCCCCGCCGUCCAUCGCCACCUCGUCAAGCACAAAGUAGAGCCCGUCCUGUACGCUACGGAAUGGUUCCUAUGUGCCCUGACACGCACGUUGCCUUGGGACAGCCUUCUGCGUGUCUGGGACUGCUUUCUAUGUGAGGGUGUUAAGGUUCUAUUCAAAGCGGCCUUAGUGAUCCUAGCAGGCGCGCUCGGCCCCGCCAAGGUCCGCAAGCGCGCCGCCGGCCUCUGCGAGACGCUGGAAGUGCUCCGCCACCCGCCGGAGAGCAUCCUGGCCGAGGAGUACCUCAUGUACCACAUGCAGCGGUUGGGGCUGACGGAGGAAGACUUUGAGUUCGAGCACCAGAGGCAGACUGCGCGCCGGCGGGCGCUGUCUAAUAGGAGUGGCAGCUGAUUCAGCGACUGUUCCUACAGGCGUUAUUCCAAGAAUAACGCGCGGGACAUAUUCAACACUCUAUGAGCUACCACGGUGCACCUGACGCGACAUGCGAACUAUUUAG